ACAGACAUAUCUCGGAAGUAUUUGGUGGGUUCCUGUGACGUAAUUGGAGCAUUACUAGUCUAAUAAAGAAAUUAAAUCAAAUCUAAUAUCCUACAAUAUUACUAGAAAAGCAAAGAGCAAAGUAAAUGGUAGGGGUGGAUCUGACUUUGUCUAAUAUAUAAAUAACCAUAAUAUAUACAUAAUAUAUACAAAGUUAUUUAUAUCUAUAAUAGGGUCCUGGUAAGGUUCUUAAAUGGAUGACAAAAAAUAAUAACAUAAAGAGAAAAUGUCUGCGGAUGUCGUGAAUGUCGUCGGCCGUCGAGUAAAAAUCAUGUUGGAGAAGACUAAUUUCCGUAAUUUACUAUUGCUCAUAUUAACCUAAGAGCAAGUAGAUGUUAAGUUCAUUGUCAAGACAAUCAAGGCAAUCAAUUCAAUUUCAAUUUCAAUUCCAUUCUCGUAGAUUUAAAGCUUCAAGAAUGCAUGGUCGUGCCACUAAAAUCGAAAUCAUUCAAAAGGGUGAUGGUAUAACUUUUCCAAAGAUUGGAGAUUUAGUUACUAUUCAUUAUACUGGUACUUUAGAAAAUGGUAAAAAAUUCGAUUCCUCUAGAGAUAGAGGUAAGCCAUUCCAAUGUACUAUUGGUGUAGGACAAGUUAUUAUGGGAUGGGAUUAUGCUAUUCCAAAAUUAUCAUUAGGUGAAAGAUCUAAAUUAAUUAUUCCUGGUUUUGAAGCUUAUGGUGAAAGAGGAUUUCCUGGUUUAAUUCCUCCAAAUGCCACAUUAAUUUUUGAUGUUGAAUUAUUAGGUAUUAAUUAGUGUAUAUAUGUAGUGUAUGUACAUAUAUUACUA